AUGCUGCUUAAACUAACACUAGCUUUUUUGGUCUAUAGCGCGUCAGCCCAAAAUCUCAUCGAUCGCUUGCGGCCUCAUAAUGAGACACAGUUUGACGAAGACGUUAAAGUCGUGUCGGGCACUAAGGUGAAACGUUUCGAGCGGCUGACAGUCCCAUUGGGCGGUACUGGCGGCGCCGGAGGCAUCGGAACUGGACUGCUGGGUCCGCUGCUGCAUCCCCAGCCGGCAUAUUACGGUUAUGCCUAUGUCUUGCCACGCUGGCAGGCGGGUGCACAGUUAAAAGGCGAUGGGGAGGCAGCAGAAGCCGCUGGCAUGAUCACCUUUCAGCAGUUGCCGUACAGCAGCGACAUUAGGGUGACCAUAAAUAUGACAGGGUUGCCGCCGGGUAAGCAUGCCCUUCACAUCCACACCUUCGGCGAUGUUAGCGAGGGCUGCAAAUCCACUGGAGGACAGUUUCCCAAUAAUUUUCUUGGAAAUGUCGACACUAAGGACGACGGUACGAUAUCUGCGGCCUUCAUGAGCAUCUACCUGCAGCUUUUCGGCUUUAAUGGCAUUGUGGGCCGCUCUAUAGUUAUACACAGCAAGCCCAUCGACCUGAACACGGCGCUCAACGCGGAAGUAUUCUCCUCCUCCCUCGCCCUUCAGGCCAUGCCGAAUGCUCUUGCGUACCAGAAUGAAGAGAACUCGGUGGGGGCGGCCAUAGCCUGUGGUGUUAUAACCAUCAUGAGCACGACCAACACAGAAAAAUAA